GACUAGGCCUGAAACCAGUGAGUCUCUUCCCAAGAUGGCCAUUUCUAUGGAUGAAUCAUCGCAGGAGAGACACACAUGUGACAGCCCCCAGGACUUCAAAUUGGGAGAAGGUUUGGAAUAUGAUGUCAAGUUAGAAAAGAAGCAGAGAAACCAGGAAAAUCAUUCAGGCCACUUGAAAGUUACCUCCCAGGAAACUCUUCCUAAAGAGCAAAGUGAAGAAUGUCUUAACGUUGAGAAAAGCUUCAGUCUGGAGUCAUUCAUUUCUCUACAGCAGAAGGAUCCUGUCACAGCAAGUCAACAUGAAUGUGAUACCGAUGAAAAGAACUUCAGGCAAUAUUCAAACCUGGUUAAACAUAUAGAAAUCAACUCAGGGAAUACAUUUUCUAAUUGUAAUGAAUGGGAGACAUGCUUCAAUUAUCAGUCUGACCUUAUUCAUUUUCAUAGAAACCCUAAUGGAGAGACAGCUUAUAAAAAUAGUCAGUGUGAGAAAGUCAUUAGCUGGGGCACAGACUUCAUUGGACAACAGAAGAUUCACACUGGAGAAAAACCUUAUAAGUGUAAUGAGUGUGGGAAGGCCUUUAGCCAGAGCACAAAACUUAUUUACCAUCAGAAAAUUCAUACUGGUGAGAAACCCCAUAAAUGUAAUGAAUGUGGUGUUUCCUUCAUGCAUCACUCAUCCCUUACUUACCAUCAGAGAUUUCAUACUGGAGAGAAAGCUUAUGAAUGUAAUCAGUGUGGGAAGGCCUUCAGCUGGAGCACAGAUCUUAUUAGACAUCAGAGAAUCCACACUGGAGAAAAGCCUUAUAAAUGUAAUGAAUGUGGGAAGGCCUUUAUCCAGAAUACAAAGCUUAUUUAUCAUCAGAAAAUUCAUACUGGAGAGAAACCCCAUAAGUGUAAUGAAUGUGGUACAGCCUUCAUCCAUCACUCAUCUCUUACCUACCACCAGAGAGUUCAUACUGGAGAGAAACCUUAUCAAUGUAAUCAAUGUGGGAAGGCCUUUAGGCGUAGUACAGACCUGAUUAGACAUCAGAAAAUUCAUACUGGAGAAAAGCCUUAUAAAUGUAAUAUAUGUGGGAAAGACUUCACUCAGAGCUCAUCCCUUACUGUACAUCAGAGAAUUCAUACUGGAGAAAAACCCCACAAAUGUAACGAAUGUGGCAAGGCCUUCAGUGAACACUCAUCCCUUAUUUGUCAUCAGAGAAUUCAUACUGGGGAGAAAUCUUAUGAAUGCAAUCAAUGUGGGAAGGCCUUCAGGCAGAGUGCAAACCUUACUGUACAUCAGAGAAUUCAUACUGGAGAGAAACCUCAUGAAUGUAAUGAAUGUGGUAAAACCUUCAUCCAACAUUCAUCUCUCAUUUAUCAUCAGAGAAUUCAUACUGGAGAGAAAUCUUAUGAAUGCAGUGAAUGUGGAAAGGCCUUCAGACGGAGCACUGACCUUAUUAGACAUCAAAAAAUUCAUACUGGAGAGAAGCCUUAUAAAUGUAGUGAAUGUGGAAAGGCCUUCAUUCGGAGUUCCUCUCUUUCUGUACAUCAGAGAAUUCAUACUGGAGAAAAACCUUAUGAAUGUAGUCAUUGUGGGCAGGCUUUUAGCUGGAGUAGAGACCUUAUCAGACAUCAGAAUAUUCAUACUGGAGAGAAGCCAUUUAAAUGUAAUGAAUGUGGGAAGGCCUUUACUCGUAGGUCUUCCCUUACUGUACAUCAGAGAAAUCAUACUGGAGAGAAACCUUAUGAAUGUAAUCAAUGUGGGAAGGGCUUCAGUAGGAGCACAGAACUUAUUAGACACCAGAAAAUUCAUAGUGGCGAGAAGCCUUAUAAGUGUAAUCAAUGUGGGAAGGCUUUUGGCUGGAGCACAGACCUUAUAAGACAUCAAAAAAUCCAUAGUGGAGAGAAGCCUUAUAAAUGUAAUGAAUUUAAUCCAAUUCAGUUUAAUGAACAUUUAUUAGCCUACUUUAUGCAAGGCCCUAUGCUAGACACUGGGGAUACAAAAAGAGAAAUGAUGCAAUCCCUGACCUCAAUGAGCUUACAUUCUAUUGAAAGGAACAAUAUGUACACAGAUAACUAAAUACAUUGUAAUUUCUUGGGUUGGAAGCAAA